GGCCACAAAAGCUCCAUCUAUAUGCGAUACUAUAGGACCGACUUUAAAGAAGCCGACCUACAGUACAUCGUUUUCGGGACAAAACCGCGGUCAGAUAUAAUUUAUCUUCUCGGCCGUGUCCUUCACCACAGCGAUACCCCGAGGCAUCUCACUAAGCAGCAGUUGGCAGAAAUAGCUAAGGAUCCGCGGGUCAUGAAGCUUAACGAAAGACAGCUUCAAAUUUUAGCAAGACUCAAGCAAGAAGGGCUGACUCUACACACGGCACAAGACAGUAAGAAAGGUAUACGAUUCCACAAGCGGUAUAGCAGACUCAGACGUCAAGUCAGAAAUUUAGGGCAAAAACUCUUCCGAGAAUAUCUAUCUAGGGUAUUCCAAGAGUUCCACACUGUGCACGGAGAAGAAAUAACUCAGCAGUUAAAUGGCGUCCGACCACUUGAGUACCUUGCGCCACCGAUUAUUCGAUACCAGCUCCUUAACGUGCCGAAACUGCAAAGCUAUUUUCAGCCGCUAUGGAUGUCUCUGACAGUGAGAAACUUCACCAGCUCCGUGUUAGUCUUGUUAGAUCGUUAG